AUGGCAUCAGCUCACCCCGAAGGAGAAGUCUAUUUCCGACGCUCAAACCUCGCAUUCGGAAAUACCUGGACAGCGGAGCGCCCCGAGCACUUCUACACCCACUGCUUAAUCGAAUGGGUGUCUAACGAGCCCAUGGGUCGGAACUCCGGCAGCGCCCCAAACCACGCAACUAAUCCACGGUCGACAUAUCUCCGCCAGAAAGGACCCGGUUUGUUCUAUAAUGUCUGGUUUGGCUUCUGGACUCAUCUUCCUGUGAGCCUUGGGGAGCGGAAUAGGAUUCGGCGUGUCGUGCAGAUUCCACUCGAAACCAAUGUGGCGAGGUUUAAGGAUCGGGAUAAUGGGGCUGCGCAGACGGUCUGGGUGCAUCCUUGCCCAUUGCCAAAUGACGAGGAGAAGUGGCUGUGGAUUGAUCUGAUUGCUCCCAUUCGAGCCAUCUAUCUCCCCCUUUCGCAACGUGCGGAUGAGGAAUUCCCCCAUCUCUGUACAUACGUACAGGUGAAUUUCUACCAGCAAGGGCGUCGAGAUGUGUGGCGUCUGCCUGGCAACAGAUUUGCCGCUCACCAAUUCACCCCUCAAGGCGGAGUAGGAUUCCUUAAUAACCAUACCAUGGGGGUCAACGUUCCAGAAUGCAUCAAACUCCUCGCCCUCCCACCCAAACUCCGCACCACCAACAUCUGGCAGGAAAAGCUCAUCGUGAUCGGCAGCUAUAACAUGUUGAGCGGCACAAACCCACUGCUGAGUCAACUGCGAACCUUCGACUUCAUCGACUUCAUCAACGCCAAUUUCGCAGUCGAUGUCAUCUGGAAGCCUGUGCCGCCUCAGAACUCGUUUAUUCGUGACCUCAUCGGCACUGUCAUCGCAGCUGGCUUGGGCUGCGUGCCUGGUGUCGGCCCCCUGUUGUCGGCGGGCUUUUCGGUAGCGUGGCAGGCCGUCACGGAUCCGGAUGGGUUCAGAGACUGGGCGAAUAAUGGAGGCUGGGCGUUGACGGUGAUUGAGACUGUUAUUGGUAGUGCGGACUCUAUGCGUGGAUACGUCCAUCCUAGAUGGCAAGGUAGUUAUGAUGUUAAUCCUCGGGCUAUUGAAGGAAGUUCUGGAGCAGAAGAAGACCGGGAGAAAGCAUCUCAGGGAGCCGAACUUGGAGUCGAGGGUGGAGGCGAGAGGGAGAAGGACAAGGAAGAGACUGAGGAUUUGGAGAAUGUCGGGCCCUCGGAGCUUCUUCUGCAUGGACUUCGGAUCAUGGCGUUCUCGGCGAGAAGUUCGAGGUCACGCCAAGAUGGUCCGCUCCACACACCUAUUCUUCUUCGUGCUGUUGAGGCUGGGACAUUGAGUAUUCCCGAAGCACUUGCCGUGGAACGCGGGCUCGAAGCAGUACCGGAGAAUGACCCCGAGGAACCUGACGAUCCGGAAGGAAGGGAGCUUGAGCAACAGGAAGCAGAGGAUCAUAGUUGA